CUAUAUCUCUCUAUUUGUGAGCUCGAUUUCAUAUUAAAACUUACCUUUUUCACGUGUACUGUAUGAAACCGAACACAGAAAUAGACGGCGGCUGUCAUUGCGGUUAUAAUGGUGGCCGCUUCACUUGACAUCAACUUGUGACGUUCAUCGUUGUCAACAUGAAUGUGCGCGUUUUAUGUUUACUACAAUUCAUUUCUGAAGAGUCAAAUACACUUAAAAGUAGACCUAACGUGACGAGUUACAUAAACAUGUUAUUUGGUUUUCAUAACCGCCUCCAAGCAUGUGAUCCCAUAUCUGAUGUGGGUUCAAGGCUCACAACAAAGCCGUUUAUUUGUUUCUACUGAGACACAAAGACACGCACUGUUCUACACUUUAAUGUAAAGCAUGAAGGUGAGUUCGCCUUGGUUACACUGCGUUUCAUCAGCCACGCUGCCGACAUGGAGUAGACGAGUCACCCAAGAUUCUCAUCAACAACCCACAGUUACAAACGCGCGUCUAACUAACAGCCCUAAUGUCAACAUGUUGUGUGGUUGUCACCUUGUCAUUCCAGGCACAGGUGAAAGCCAUCGUUUAUUACCCUCUUAAUAGCUGCUCAUAACAGUGAUUCAUCCACACCUCCCUCGAUGUCCAGGCCCAUUGAACUCACCAGCUCCAUCUAUGAGCACAUGUUCACCGGAACCAAUCACUGGAUUGAUUUUAAACGUUAUGUCCCCUACGCAGCUGCGCGCACCUCAGUUAUGGAUGAUGUCGUCAUACAAGUGGCUCACAUGAUUGGUCAGGUGAACCCCCGGGGUGCGAGCAACAGUCAGACAUGUGUUUUCUGUCAGCUGUGGAAAACAUUGGUGACCUCAGCAGGAGUGAUCAGACAUUUCAGGGCACUUCCUCAUUCCCGCAGCAGCCAUAAUGUCUGGUUGAGUCGUCACAUCUCCCUCACAGGACGUGAUUUAUGGAACUAGUAAUCCUUCAGUGGCCUCUGAUGCAACACAGGUGCAAAGAGGGUUAGUGGGUUCUUAUUUUGGAGCUAUAUAAACGUGUCAACAGCAAAUUCCGUGUUGUUGGGCAGACCAAAAAAAUCUGUUGUUCUUCUUUCAUAUCCUCUUUUGUGUCCGGAGCCCGACGUCUUCUGGUGAUGAUUCAGAGCAGUCACGACAUGGACUUGAUCGACAUACUGUGGAAACAGGACAUAGACUUGGGCGCCAGACGGGAGGUCUUUGACUACAUCCACCGCCAGAAGGAGUUUGAGCUGCAGCGGCAGCAGGAGCUGGAGCAGGAGAAGCGGCAGCACCUGAUCCGGGAGCAGGAGAAGGCCCUGCUGGCGCAGCUGCAGCUGGACGAGGAGACGGGAGAGUACAUUCCCCGCCGCGUUCCCCUGCUGCAGACGGCCACCACACCUCUGGAGGUUACGCAGCAUGUGCAGGGCGCUGAUGCGAUGUCACUUGAUGAGUGUCUGCAGCUCCUGGCAGAAACAUUUCAAGUGGAAGAGACGGAGGACUCGACAGUGCAGCUUGACGCGCCGGUACCGAGCACCAGCAGCAGCGGCAGCAGCAGCGUCGCGCUCCCUGCAGAGCUGUCUCCAGGCCCGUUACUACCAGCUGCCCCGAGGAUGAGCCCUGAGAUGGAGCAGGCCUUGGUGGAGUUGCUGUCUCUCCCUGAGCUGCAGCAAUGUCUGAACAUGCAAAUGCACGACACGUUGGAAACGACGCCGUACACUCUCCCAAACCCAGAGGCAGCGCAGACCCAGACCUACCCUUUCUAUCGAGAAGGAGAAACAAACGCAGCGUCCCUGGGCGCCGCAGACUUCAUGAACGCGCUCGACCUGUCCGUUCCCAACAUGGCCGCCAUGCCAGACAACCACAUGAAACCCACAAACCCUCAGUUAAAUUUCGGCUCGAGCAGCUUCUGUGACGUCUUUUACCCCGCCAUGAAGGAGACCAGCGAUCCUGGAGAGAUGGAUGGAGCCGACCACAUGGUCAUGUCUGACGUGCAGAACAAGCAGCUCUAUGCUCCGGUGGAUCUCUACAGCCUCUCCCCCGGGGACCCAUUGGAGAAGGGUGACCACGGCAUGACCCCAGAGAUGCUGGAGUCUGACUCAGGAAUGUCUUCUAACAACAGCGUGCACGCCGGCUCGCCGCAGAAGUCGCUGUACGGAGACAGCUCCUUCGGCUACAGCGACUCAGACCUGGAGGAGAUGGACCUGAACCCGGGUAGCGCCGAGUCCGACUACUCAGAGAUGUUCUCGAUAAAUUUUAAGCCGGAAGGGUUCCAAAGAGCCGUUCCUAUCUCCGGACCCAUCAGCGAAGCGGAGCUGCAGCAGGACCAGAUUCUCAAGCCACACAAGACGGAGGCGGCGGAGGACAGCGGGCACGCAGACACGCCCUUCACCAAGGACAAGCGCAAGAAACGGUCCGACGUGCGUCUCACCAGAGACGAGCAGCGGGCCAAAGCCCUCAAAAUCCCCUUCACAGUCGACAUGAUCAUCAACCGUCCGGUGGAGGAGUUCAACGAGAUGAUGUCCAAGCACCAGCUCAACGAAGCCCAGCUGGCCCUGGUCCGGGACAUUCGGCGGCGUGGCAAGAACAAAGUGGCGGCCCAGAACUGCCGCAAGCGCAAGAUGGAGAACAUUGUGGGUCUGGAGAGCGAGCUGGAUUCCCUUAAGGACGAGCGGGAACGGCUGCUGGACGAGAAGACGCGGAACGUGACCAGCCUGAAGAAGAUGAAGCAGCAGCUCAACAGCUUAUACCUGGAGGUCUUCAGCAUGCUGCGAGAUGAGAAGGGCAACACGUACUCGCCCGCCGACUACUCGCUCCAGCAGUCGUCCGACGGCAGCAUCUUCCUGGUCCCUCGCACCAAAAAGACGUUCCUGAAGCGCAAAGACAAUCCCUCGCCUGCGAUCUGACGCCGUCCCUUGGUAACACUAUGCAAUAAGUAGCUCUGCAGCUUUGUUAAACCAGCAAGUCGAUUGUAUAGACGUGGCUUAUUCCUCUUGAAUGUUGCUAUAUUUUUGAUAUUUCUCUUUUUUACUCCACUUUAGAUUCUUUAUUGUAAAUACUUGCUGCAAAAAUAGCUGAAAUUUUUCACAUUUGUACAUAGAUGUGUAUAUAUGUUUUUCCUUUACUCAGAUUCUUUCAGCCAUUAUUCAUGUUUUAUAACCUCAAUGAUUUGCUUUUUUUUAUCUUUUCUUUAUAAUAAACUCUUCGUAUAGCUCUA